AUGAUAAGAAUUAAGAUGAACGAGAUGAUUUACUUGAUAGUGCUGUCAAUGAUAAUAAUAUCGGUGAUGUCAGCGAGAGAACCGAAGCAGAUCACUUUGGCGAAUCAAGGAACGAUAGCAGGGAUGUAUAUAACAAGGUUCAGGACGAAGAGAAUAGCAGCAUAUGUGGGCAUACCAUAUGCUCAACCUCCGAUAGACUUUAGACGUUUUGCACCACCGGAGUACACAGAUCUGCCAAGCUGGGAAGGAAUGAGAAAUGCUACAAUUUACGCACCGGAUUGCAUGCAAAAUGAUCCCAAAAAAGAAGAUAUACAGCAUCCGUUGAAUAAACACGAUGAGCUGUUUACUAAGUUGCUUGAGUCUCAAAUGGAGGAGCCGCGGAAAAAAGAGUACUCGGAGGACUGUUUGUACCUCAAUGUUUAUGUACCAGAUGACUUCAAGGUCGAAGGUUACCCCGCUAUGGUGUGGUUUCACGGCGGAGACUUCGUGAGAGGCAGCCCUAACAAUAUAAACCCCUUUCAACUAGUACUAAAGCAAAAGGUAAUAUUUGUGUCUGUCGCCUACCGUUUGAAUAUAUUCGGAUUCUUCUCAACACUGGAUAACGAAGCUCCGGGAAACUUUGGCUUGUUAGACCAAGUAGCAUCUUUGGCUUGGGUCAAAAAUAACAUCGCAAAUUUUGGGGGAGACCCCGACAACGUUUGCAUAUUUGGUCACGAUGCCGGCGCAGUUAGCGUAGGCCUUCAUUUGCUAUCUCCAUAUUCAUCAGGUCUCUUCCAAAAAGCUAUCGCUAUGAGUGGCAACGUCUUAUCCCCUGAAACUGUGAACAUUGCAAGAAAAGAAAUGAUAACCGUCGAUAAAGUAGCAAGCGCUUUCAGUUGUUUUCGCAAACCGACAUUUCAGUUACUGGAUUGCCUGAGAAGAGUAAAUUAUCAAGCGUUAUUAGAUAUCGGUGAGCCGUUAGCAACGUGGAAACCUAUCGUUGAUAGUGGAUUUAGUAAUAUCACCCAACCCUUUAUAACCGAUCAGCCGAGGAAAUUGUUCAGUGAUGAAAUAUUUAGCCCAGUACCUGUUUUGACGGGUUACACUAACAUGGAAGAUGGCCUUCUUCUCGAUAAAGGAGAGGAUUCUGGCAUCAGUCAAAGAGAGUUUGACAUCAUGCGCGAGGAAGUAAUCCUAUCCGAUAUUACUGUGGAUAACAGUUCGUGUUUCACCAAUCAGCAUCAUAUACAGGACGCCGUCGAGUUCUUUUACAAACCGAUACCUCCAACGACCAAUGAAACAAUUCUUCGAAAACAAUUUUUGGACUUUUACACUGAUAAAGUUUACGGGGCCACGACCUACCAAUUAGCGAAGUUUAUUAGCAAACACGCUCCAGUUUAUCUGUACAGAUUCGAUUUGAAACCUUUCUCGGACGUAGCCAACGAGGAUAUACCGGAUUGGAUCGCAGUGCCACAUAAUUUCGACUUAAUAUUCACAUUUGGCUUACCGUAUUUAGCAUUACCUGAAGACUUCAACAAAUGGGACUACAGAGAUAAGAGCAUUUCGGAAAUUAUCAUGAAAAUGUGGACCAAUUUUGCAUGGUACUCCAAUCCAACUAAUUCGGGUGUUAUUAUUCAAUGGGAUACUUUUGAAAUCGAAAGGCCCGGGUUUUUUAUAAUCGACAGACAGAAUUUCACUAUGAGCACGGCUGCGACUGUUAAUUAUAAAGCUUUUGAGUUCUGGACAGAUUUUUAUCCUAAAGUUUUAGAAAUCGGCACAAAGUGUUGUAAAGAACCCAUGGCAUUUAAACAACUAAUGUUGGUGUUGAUGGUACCCGCGUGGCUGGUGGCGGGUCAACGACCUUCAUUCGCCGGCUCCAGACCCAUUGGAUAUCCCGAAGUAGCGUCACCUUCUGAUGCGCUGGGAAACCGUUUCGGAGACGACUCACCACUGCCAGUAGAAGCCAAAGGCGACCGUGCGCUUGUGGAGCGUCUCAGCAAGCUGCCAAUCGACAAGCAACCCUUCUGGUUCAUCAACUGGAAGGCUAUAGAGGAGAACAGGAAGAAUCCCCAAACAUACCCACAAAGAGAAAACUCCUUCACUAACCAAGGGAACUCUGGUCAGCCUCAAUCGACGAACUUUCAAACUAACCCCCCAAAUACUCAAUCAAAUUCUGGCGCAAACUCUGGCUUAACCUCUAAGUUUGGUGAAACUAAUAACGGGGCGAAUGUCAACUUUGCGUCAAACCCUGCUGGGAAUUUCGCUAGCACUACAAACGGUUAUCAACCAUACCAAGGCUAUAAUAACCACCAAACACGAGGUUACUUCUCUUCCGAUAAUAAUAACGGAUGGCAGUGGCAUUAAUAACUCAAGACACAUUUAGACUUAGACAUUUUGUGAAAGGAUAUGUUUUCUUUUGUAAUAGCGAUCAAUAUACUCAAUGCAUGCGCCAUAAUUAUUUAGUCAUAUAUUGUUUUUGUCAUAAUUAGGACCUUUUAUAUAGAAACCAAUUUAGCGAGCAAUGGGGAUGAUGACUAGGUUUGAAUAUAUUGAUUUUUAUGAUACAUUCGGGUAAAUAGUGUCAAUGUUAACUAAUUUAUACAUAAAAAGCAAAGAUUGUUUGGAUAUUUGCAAAAUAAAUGAAAUUAUAAAAUUUCAUGAUCUAUUAAAAAUCUUUUAUCGUAAUUAGAUGAAAAUUCAUACAGUUUUAGCUUCCUUACAAUAAAUGUGACAUUUUUUAAUAUAUGAACUAUAAACAUAAACGCACAAAUAACAAAGAUAUUAGCAAAAGUUUGAACGCUCAUACAAAUCUAACGAUCAUUACAUUACCUACGACGUCAUUAGUUCGUGCCAUUUUGUAUGGGGCGUUUUUCAGGGAUCCGCGGCAGCGCCGCAAAUCUGACCCUUUAAAUCCCUGUAGCUCCGAAAGUAAUGAUCGCAGAUACCCUGUUCCUUUUACAAAAUUGCUUUACUAUUAGCAUACUCUUAAUUAAAUACAAUUUAAAAAACAGUCAUCAUCCCUAUUGACCGCACGUGACGUUAUUUUAUAUGUCCCUCUCGAACAGUAUAAUAUUAUUCUGGAUGAAAGAAAUUCUGAGUUCUCCUGACAACGUGUUCGUAAAAUUUAUGAUGAUAGGUUGAGUGACAAAUAAGCUUACUCUAGAAUCUAUGAAAGUUUUUUUAUAUACGUUUUUUUAUAUUUUUAUUAAAAUAUUUAAUAAGA